ACAUGGUACGUCUCUAGUCGACGUAAGUUUUUGACAUUUCGUGGUAAACAAAUUUUAACCUCAAAGUUUGCAGGCUCAGUUUCCUCCGUUAUAUUAUUUUAUUCUUUGUAUGUAUAGUUUUAUGUGGAAAAUUACUGGAAAUAGCAAAAAACAUUACAAUGGCUCCGUCAGAUAGUAAAAAAGAUUUAAUAAAGAAAAAGAAAGACGUAACAUUCGUAGCCAGUGGUUUAGACAAUAAUGAUUCCGUAGACAGAAUAAUUGAAUAUUUAGAAGAAAAUCAGAAGAAAAAGAAUAAGAUUUACACAUUGUACAGUCAGACAGUAAGACAGAGACGGACUACAGCGGGGAAAUAUCAUGAAAACAAGCAUUUCCUUCUUGUUGGACAUCCAUUAAACAUGUUCAGUGACGACUGGGAUGGAGGGCUCAAAUCUGGUUACUUUGAAACAUUCCCACACAGGAGCAUGUUGCCUAAAAUGAUAUCAGUUUUAAAAAAUAUUCAUAAGAAAGACCCAGUUACUGAGUAUAUGAAGAAGAAAAUGGUUUGGCAAGACACCUUGACUGACUAUAAAAGAAUUACAAGAGUUAUGAAGCGUAAAUAUGAAUGGAUUAAUGAUGAAGUACUACACUGCCCAAAGCAAUUGGUUGAAAUAGCGGCUCACUAUGAACAGAACCCGGACCCAUACUUUGAGAGCAGUUACAAUUGGUACUAUGCUGGCCAUGGAAACAUACAGCUUAUUUGUUACAACGGAUGGGAUUAUGUGCUGCAUAGUGAAUUUAGUUGUGUGUAUAUGUCCCAUUUCUCAAUAAGCAGUUUAUUAGUAAAUGACACAGUAGCAAAGUUUGACUGUGGAGAAGACCUAGACAUUCUUGAAACAAUAUCAUCACAGAACAUCAUAGCGCUAAGAACCAAACAUAAAAUAUUUAUAUUGAAAAUCAGAGAACUUGAUGGUAUUAUACAGUUAGAAAAAAUUAAGGAAAUGGAAUCUAAAUUUGCUUUCACUGGUAUAUCUUUUGAUGAGUACCAUAAAAACAUACUGUAUGUAACUACUUUGAAUUUUUACUUGACCAUCGUAAACUUGGACAGGAUGACAGGUCGAAGUAGACAAUUACGAGGAACUGUUGCAACCUUGAUUGACAAUUGGAGCACAGUUCUUGGCAGCGAAAGAGGGUACUUCACGCACGUUUCCAAAAGCUCCAUUACUCUCUAUGACAAGAGGUCUAAUGCUGCCUUCCAGCGUUGGAGAAACGUUCGGAGUAUCACUGACGAUGUGGUAUGUAACGACAUUAGCGCAGCAAGCCAUGCCACAGAUAAACGCCUGCUGUACUUCGGAACUGAUCAUCAUCUAUUUCUUAUGGAUCUACGUUACAGUAAAAAAGAAAAGAACAAACUAAAAGUUGUUCAACGGUGGACACAUGGUAUGCAGUGCCUACCUACCUACAUGAAAGUAUGUAAGUUUGAAUAUAGCAAAGAGUUGGUAUGCCUGAGCAGUCAGUGGUGUGAAGAUAUGUGUGUGGUUAGCAAUCACUCUGACAGGCUGAACAGGCAAUCAGACAUCAGCAGCGUUACCAUGCCAUAUAGGCCACCGAGUAUAUUACAAGCUUUAAAAGAUGCAAACGAGAAAAUGCUUUGCUGUGACCUAAAUAAUCCACUCGAAGCUAGACUGUGUUCAGCAAUUACAGGACUAGCAGUAACAGAUCAAGAUGAUAAGUAUCACUUGCUCAUGUUAAACUCUUUGGGUGAUAUUUCAUGUCACAGUUUGUGUCCACAAUACAUGACAACCUUUUUCGAAGACACAAGUGCUGAGCUGCUCAGUGAAUGGAGCAAACCUUAUAAUAGAGAGCAGAAGGACUUGGAAGUGUCAUCAGUACUGGAUAUUAGAAAAGUGUGGAAAAACUUGAAGAGGAUCCCUGAUGAUUUCAAAUUAGGUGAAAAUAAGUUUAUGAAGAAAUCUUGCAAGUUUAGUGAAAAAGAAAUCUAUGACUCUUUCGAAAAUGGAGACCUAGAAACUGAACUUUUGGACAUAUGGACGAAGACUCCGGCGGAAGAUACGAAAAAUGAAUCGUCAUUCAAUUUAUUUUUCUGCAAUGAUGAAUAAAACAACAACUUUAUUUAUAAA